ACUCAACCUCCAGCCGACUCAAUCUAGACAACACAUCCCCAUCACCCACCACCAAAAUGGUCUUCCGUUUCGCGAAAACCCUCGACCCGAUAACCAUCUUCCACACCCCCAGCUCCACGACCUCGAAGAACGCCCUCAAGAUCCUGCAACGCGCCUCGACGAUCGCGCAAUCGCCCGACACGGCGCCGGCGGGCGGCCGCGGCGAGUUCCAGUUGGAGAUCACGACGGCGCCGCCGACGACGGACCAGCUGCGUAAUAUCCUGGACUACGUGACAGGGAACCCGGCGGGGGCCGGGGCGCCGGACAAAGGGGCACGGUAUGCGGUGGGGGAGGUGGUGCGCGGGGCGCGGGAUGCGGAGGAUGCGAUGAAGAGGUUCAAGGGUGAUCCUGAGGGGACGUUUGUGAGGCCUGUUACGGUCGAUUGGACCAAUGGACAGGCGGUCGUCGGGGAUAAUGAGUCGGAGAUCCUGAAGAUGGUGCAGCAGCUCAAUGAGAAUUGAUUUGAUCACCAGCACCAGCACCAGCUAGCUCAAGAUUACUUGGAUCACUCAACAGGCAAACUGUAUUCUACGAGACGCUGUAUCAUACACUUCUCCCCUCACUCUGAAAAUACCCAGCCAUAAAGCAUUAAUUCAUACUCGCUCAAUCAACCCCUAACCCGAGACCCAGCUCGUGCUAGAAUGAACAACCAUGCAGACUAGAA